AGCUGCUGGAAAAGAACGCAGUGGGUGGAACCUCCUGCCCGCGUUGCUAGGGACGCUUCAGCCGAGGCAACCGCGAUGGAUCAGGAAGAGGGGCUGACGGCGGUGGACAACAUCGUCACUCAGUUCAACACCUAUGAAGAUUUCCUCGACUCGCAGAUCACGACCGUGGACUUGUUCUACCUGGAGGAUGAAGGCCUGGCCCGCCAGCUGGUGGAGCUGGGCUACCGAGGGACUGGAGAGGUGGUGAAAAGGGAAGAUUUUGAAACAAGGAAGGCAGCUAUUGAGAUUGCAAGGCUGGCUGAGCGAACUCAGAAAAAUGUAGAUGCUCAUUUGUCCGUAGAAGAAGAUAUUUGUGAGAUUUUAUGA